AUGUGGCGGCCCCCAGCUCUGCUCUUUCUCAGCCUCUCAGGCUGCUUCUCCAUCUAUGGCCCGGAGUCUGUGAGAGGUCCAGAGCAGGGAUCCGUGGCUGUGAAGUGUCACUAUGACCAAAAAUGGGAGACUCACAAUAAGUGGUGGUGUCGAGGGGAAAACUGGGACUUGUGCAACAUCCUCAUUCGAACCAGAGGGUCAGAGCAAGAAGAGAAGAGUGACCGUGUGUCCAUUAGGGACAAUCAGAGAGAGCACUGGUUCACAGUGACCAUGGAGGGGCUCAGACGAGAUGACACAGACAUUUAUUGGUGUGGGAUUCAGAAAUUUGGAACUGACCUUGGGGUUCGAGUUAAAGUGAUCAUUGAUCCAGCUGAUGCACAGCAGGGCUGGCAGGGCUUGGCUGGGGAUGGCGGUGUAGACCUCAGCUUCAGUGACCCACGGUUAAGCCAGGGAAAACCGCACUGCAGAACUUUUCUCUAUGAGCACUACCCACCCCUUCAACUGGCCAACCAAAAAGCACUGGUGGCUUUGACGCACUACAUACUCCUGGUAUUUGUGAAGGUGCCCAUCCUGCUCAUCUUGGUUGGGGCCAUCCUCUGGUUGAAGGGGUUUCAGAGGGUCCCGGAGGAAACAUGGAGGCAGCCUGUCUACAUGAACUUGUCCUCUGACCUUCUGACCAAAGACACAGCCUUCCCACCCUGGACCCCAUUUCCAAAGGAGAUCCCAGAUGUGGAAGAAACACCACUGAGUCCACAGGAUACAGCGACUGAG